UAUUAGCCUUUCCAUUUCAUACAUUAAAAAUAAUUUGAACAAUAAUCUCGCUCCACACACCCCACCUCUUUCUCUCUCUUCUUUACAAGGCAAGCAAAACUCACACAGUAUAUUACCAGAUUCAAAAUCAAAUCAAAACUUCAAAUUUGAACAAAUUUUGAAACUUUUCUAACAAUUUUUGCUAAUCAUGGCGUCUCGCCGUCGAAUGCUUUUGAAGGUCAUCAUUCUUGGUGAUAGUGGUGUUGGAAAAACUUCAUUGAUGAAUCAAUUUGUGAAUCAUAAGUUUAGUAAUCAGUACAAAGCUACAAUUGGGGCGGAUUUCUUGACAAAAGAAGUUCAGAUUGAUGACAGGCUUUUCACAUUGCAGAUAUGGGAUACAGCUGGACAAGAGAGGUUCCAAAGUCUUGGUGUGGCCUUCUACCGUGGUGCAGACUGUUGUGUGCUUGUGUAUGAUGUUAAUGUCACAAAAUCAUUUGAUGACCUUAACCGAUGGCGGGAAGACUUUUUGUUACAGGCUAGUCCACAUGACCCUGAUAACUUCCCGUUUGUUGUGUUAGGCAACAAAAUAGACGUGGAUGGUGGGAACAGCCGAGUGGUGUCUUCAAAGAAAGCAAAGGCUUGGUGUGCCUCUAAAGGAAAUAUUCCCUACUUCGAAACAUCUGCAAAGGAUGGUACCAACGUUGAAGCUGCUUUUCAGUGCAUAGCAAAGAAUGCCAUUAAAAAUGAGCCUGAAGAAGAUACAUAUCUUCCGGACACCAUCGACAUGUCUGGUGGCCAGCAACAGAGGUCAUCAGGAUGUGAUUGCUAGGCUGGUUUUUUGCUGAUUUUGGCUGGCUCAGAGCUUUUACUCAUCACCAACUAUUAAACUUUAAAUCAACUUCAUUUUGUGUACAUUACUCAAAUAGAGAGUUAAAGUGAUUAUUCGUUGUGUCAUAAUUCAUUAGUUUUCUUAUUGCUACCUACAUGGCUACAUAUAUUGUAUGAGCCUCGCUGUUGCUGUCAGUGAGCUUACAGUACAGUCGUUUAUCUUGUGCAUUCUGAUUUCUGGUCCAAACACUAUUUAUUUGACAUCAGUGUAAUGAUCAAUACGAGUAAUUAUGUUGUAUCA